AUGGGGCUUAGGACAGACUUCUCGGGCGAAGUUCACGAUGUAAAUAAUUUGGGUGUGCUGUUUCAAGUUCCAGUGGAGUGCAAAUUGACGCAAAAGGGAGCAGAAUACGUGGGGAAAAGGAAUGAGAAUCUGAGUGGUCAUCUAUGUUUGCCCUGGCUGGCCGUUCCUCUGACAAUCCAAUAUCGGACGUGGUUCAGGAGACUCCCUGCAUUCUCGGACAAGGUGGACAAAAAGCACGAUUAUUGCAGGAAUCCUGGGGGUCGUCCUGGGGGUCCCUGGUGCUAUGAUGGAGUUCAUCGAGAGAACCAAGAAAUUGGAUGGAACUACUGCGACGUCCCUUUUUGUCCUCAGGAGAGAGAAACCAAUGAGAAUCACGAGACAAAAGCCACUUACCCUGAUUGUCGGAUCACGAAAAUGGGCAAGGAAUACAUGGGAACCAUCAGAACGAGCGAAACAGGGAAAAAAUGCAUGAGAUGGACAGAUUUCGAAGAUCUCACUGAAUACCCAAUCUUCAUGAUGAAGGCCCUCCCGUUGUCAAGUGAUACCCUGAGAUGGAACCCGUUUAAGGAUUUAUUCAUCAAUCGGAAUCCGGAUGCACACGUGAAUUUCUGUCGGAAUCCGGGAUGGGGGGACCGGCCAUGGUGUUUCGUCUCAAAAUAUCCUGUCAUCGAAUGGGAAUACUGCGAUGUACACUUCUGUAAAAACCUGGCUCCCUUUGAAUGCUUGCUGACGUCCUUGGGAGGAGAAUACAUAGGGAAGAAGAACGUGUCCCGGUCGGGGGACCCCUGCCUACCAUGGUUGAAUUCAAAUAUGAUGUACUCCAACAGAGCUGGAGCCGCUGGAGAGAAUGCGUAUCCUCAGUGCCUAUUGACAGAGAACGGCAUGGAAUACAUCGGGACGAUGACGAAGACGGCAACGGGGAAAGAUUGUCUCUUCUGGGAUGAACAUCCAGCAUUCAUCAGCCAAAAAGGCGGUGCAGGACUUCUUCCAAGGGAUAAUGAAGAACUCACCGAAGUAGUCGUGUCGUACUUGAUGAUUUUCCCAGACUCAAACCCUCCAUUCCACAGGAAUUACUGCCGAAAUCUCGAUCUGAAAAGGAAACCUUGGUGCUACGUUGAUUACACGACGAUGACAUGGGAAUAUUGUGACAUCCCAUUCUGCGACGACACCACCCCUCCGGAGUGCAAAGUGACCGAAUUAGGCUGGGAAUACGUCGGACAGAGGAACCACACGUCAGGCGGCUUGCCUUGCCUCCCCUGGGCGGCCGCCAAUCGCACUCAACUGAGCUUCAACGAGACUGGAAAUCCUUUUCUUGAUAACGCAGUUGCAGAGGGUCACAACUUCUGCCGAUUCGUGAAAGGUUUUGUCCCAGGUUUUUCACAAGGUCCCUUUUGCAUUCAUGCCUUAGAGUUCGAGCUCGGGUCCUAUGACAACGGGAACGUCGAUGCCUGUGACAUCCCCUUCUGUCCCAUGAAGUUUCGACCGAUUAUGGACGUUUUACGGGCAAUCGAUGCAGAAGAACGUGAGCCAUCAAAUCAGUACAGGCCAAGAAUAUAUUUGAACAAUGGGAAUCCCAUUGAAUUCUACGACGAGGACCAGUUCAUAGUCAGGUUCAGACUUUCCAAAGACCCGGUAAUGGAAUUGGUGAGACUGCUACAAGUGGUCCUAAGUCGUCAGACUUUGAGAAGUCAAGCAAUCACCGUUCCGCAGCAGCCUAAGAAUGAUGCCGAGAGGAGAUACAAUCGCCGCCGCAGCUUUGCUCGAAGAACUAUCGAACGAACAUUUGGGAUCAUGAAAGGACGGAUCAGGUGCCUGUUCAUUCCGCUGCGAGUCAAGCUUGACACAGCUUACGCUAUCAUUGUGUCAGCAGCUAUUUCUUGACAAUUUGUCCCUUUCUCGACGAGAACCUGAAUUGGGUGAUGACAUUCCUUCAGCAGUUUUUUUCUCAAUGAA